AUGAAUAAUUCUGGAGAUGAUAUUUAGUUACUAAAAAAAACUAUUAAUGAGAAAGACUAACAGAUAAGUGAGCUUGAAAAAAAAUUGAGAUUAGAGUAAUUUAGAAUGAAAAAGCAAUAGAGUGAACUAAACUCGAAAAUAGAGAAUGAGAAAUCUACUGCGCAAAAUAAUGCUGAUUAAAUCAACCGAUUUGAAUUGCAGAUAAAUAAUCUUAAAUCUAAGUUGAGUGAAACUGAAAAAAAGAAUUUAUAGUUAAUAGAAGAGAUAAGUACCUUAAAAAAAAGAAGAACAUCAGGUUCCACAGACGAGGACUUUCAACCAAAGAAAGAACUUCAAGGAGAUUUUCCUUCUCUCCAAUAGAUUCUAGGAAUAAUACAAAUAAAUCAAGGCAAUUAUCAACCUGAACUUUCUAAACUAUAUGAAUGCUACACAUAAGCAUGUCAAAGUAAAGACGAGCAAAUUAAUUCAUUAUAGGAAGAAAUCAAAGAUCUUACACAAUAGAUAGACAUUAAAUAAUCUGAGUCAUCAAAGUAACUGGAAUCAUAAGAAGAACGAAUUAAAUAAUUAAAAUAGAGUCUGGAUUAGAGAGAGAAUGAGUUGAAGAAUGUUGUGCAACAAACAAGUGAUAAUAGUGAUCAAAAGAUUUAAGAAUUAGAAAAACAAUAUCAAACUUAAUUAAGCGAAAAAGAUAAACAAUUACAAGAAGCAACUAAAAAAGCAAAGUUUGAUGUUUUUAAGUUAAAUAAACAACUUAAUGAAUAAAAGACAUAAAUAGAAAGUGAAUAAGCCAAGACUAACUUAUUGUAAUAAUAAAUUGAAAGGCAUGAAAGUUCAUUGAGAGAAUUGGAAAUCAAAAUUUCUGAAUUAGAAUAAAAGAAUUUACACUUAAUUGAAGAAGUAAAGCAAAAGCAAUUAGAAAUAGAAAGGCUUAAUGAGGAAAGUCUGUCUAGAGUGUAAGGUGAGGAGAUCUCUGUAGAUAAGCCUUCAUAUUAAGAGUUAGUCGAUUUAAUCUAGAAAUUUUAAGCAAAUGAGAUCACUUAUCAAUAAGAAAUGAAAAAUUUAGAGGAGGAACUAAACUUGAAGAAUAACCAUUCCUUUGAAUUAUAAGAGGAACUUAAUCAAUAAAUUGAAAAAUUCUAGUUGCAUGAUAGAAAAUAUUAAGAUAGUCUAAAAUCAAUUAAGGCUUUGGAAGAAUAAUAAGCUAGUGAAAGACAUGUUUCCUAAGAUUUACAGCAUUAUGUUGAAUAAUUAAAAUAAGAGAAAGAACAUUAAUAAGCAGAAUUUAUACACAAAAUUAAAGAGUUGAGUGAACACAAUACCAACAUUGAUGAUGCUGUUUAUGAUGUGGAAUAAAAGUAUUAAAAAAUGAUAAUGAUUUAAGAAGAACAAUAUUAACGGAGGGAGUAGGAAUUAAUUCAUUAAAUAGAAUAAACAGAGGAAAAAUAAAGUUAACAAGAAUAAUUAUUGAAAAAGUAAGAACAAAAGUAUAAAAAUGAAAUUAAAGAAAAAGAGGAGAAUAACAAUUAAUUGUUUUAAUAAAAACAACUUUAAAUUACUUAGUUGUAAAAAUAACUAUAAGAUGAAACUCAUAAGACAAGAGAGGAAAGCAAUAAAUAAAUAAAUGAAAUUAAAUAAGAGAAUUAUAAAAAGGAGAAACAACUGGAGUAAAGGGUUUAAGAGGUAACAAAGCAAUACGAGGGAGAACUUAAUAAGAUAAAAAAGAUGGAGAUCAUUUUAAAGAAGAAAGAAAGAGAAAUAGCAGAAGAAAAAGAAGGAAAAAGAUUUGCUGAAGAAUAAUUACAAAUUCUAACAGAUAAAUGCAAUAAGUUGAUUGAAUAAUAUGAUAAUAAAAUCAGAGAGAUUUAGAUUGCAAAUUAAGUAACCAAGUAAGAUUAACACAGACAUUCCAUAUUUGAUUAGAGAAUGUCAAUUUCAAGUUCAGACAUCAAUAAAACAUUCGAAAUUGAAGUUUUGAAAGCUCAAAUUGAAUAAUUGUAAUAAAAGGGAGAUAUAGAAUUGUAAGCUGAAAUUAAUAGAUUAAAUGAAAGAGAAAGAGCAUUAAAGAAGGAAUUGAUUGAUUUAUAAAAUGAAAUAGGCAAUGAACGACUCAACCUCACGGUAGUUUAAAGAUAGUUAGAACAAGAAGUUGAAAGCUUGAAUUAAGAAAUUAGCAAUUUGAAAAUGGAUCAAUAGAGUGAAUUAGAUCAAAUUAAUGAUUAAAAUAAUAGAAAUUUAUCAUCUUAAAAAAAUGAAUUCUAAACCAAAAUAAAUAAAUUAGAAUAAAAAUUAGAACAACAAGCAAAUCAAUUUCAACAGAAGUAAAGUGAAAUUGAAGAAGAAAAAGACAACAUUAUUUAAUAGUUAAAGGUUAAGAUUAAAUAAUGUGAAGAAUAAAUUAUUGAGUUAAAAGAAAAGAAAAACCUCAAGAAUCCAACAUAAUAGACAAUAAUCUAAGAUGAUAAUUUACAACUUUAAUAGGAAAUAAAUUCUUUGAAUGAAAAAGAGAGAGUAUUGAGGAAGGAGAUAUUGGAUUUGUAGAAUGAAUUAGGGAAUUCGAAAUUGAGUCAAACUAUAAAAAUCAGAGAACUAGAAACAUUGGCUGAACAGUAUAGAUAAGAAUCGAUUCAUGCUCAGUAAGAGUAAGAUUAUGCUGAAUAAUUGACUGCAAAGAUUAGUAUAUAGUAUGCUGAUUUGGCCAUGGAAUAUGAAAAGACUGUACUUCAAAAUAGAUCUUAUCGUAAAUCAAUUUCUAAAAUAAAGUAAUGA